AUGAAGCCCCUUUCUUGCCCCCUGCCUUCCAUACCGCAGCCCCCGCUGCUGCUGCACCCACACAAGCCGCUGCUGCUUGCUGCUCACGGCAGCUCUUUGCUUCUCUUUGACUACCAGCAGCAGCACUGGCUCCCUGCGCAGCAGCAGCAGCAGCAGCAAGCAGCAGCAGCAGCAGCGAGCGACAACAACCCCCUAAUAGACCCGCAGGACCUGCAGCAGCAGCAGCAGCAGCAGCUGCAGCACACCCUGGACGUUGCUGCAGCAGACUGCGUCUGCCUGGACUGCGGAAGGCGCAGCAGCAGCUACCCCGUCUACGCUCGGGCUCCCUGCAGCAGCAGCAACAGCAGCAGCAGCAGCAGCGACAGCAGCAGCAAUUGCAUGUGGCUCACCGCAGCAGAUGAUAAGCUGCUGUGUCUUUGGAAAGGCGAACCAUUUCAGCUGCUGCAGCAGCGCGUGCAGCGCAAGAAGGCCUCUGCUGCUUGCUUCAUCCCCACGCAGCAGCAGCAGCAGCAGCAGCAGCAGCAGAGGAUGAGCGUGCUGCUGUGUGACAAGUUCGGUGAUGUAUUUCUGCUGCCGCUGGAAUCCAUAGGAGGCCAGCAGCGGCUGGCAGGGGAUGUGCUGCUGCAGCAAAUGCAAGCAGCAGCAGUAACAGCAACAACAGCAGCAAAAGCUGCAGAAGCAGCACCGACGGCAACCACUCCAGCAGCAGCGGCAGCAGACGCAGCAGCAGCAGCGGCAGAUCCUGCAGAAAAGGAGGGCCGCAGCGACGAGCAACUCGCCAACAGCAGCACCAACAGUAACAGCGGCAGCAGCAGCAGCAACAGCAGCAGCAGCAGCAGCAGCAAAGGUGACGCAUUUGGAGAGCUCAGCGAAGAUGAGGCAGACCAAGACGUUCCUGUAAUGGCGCACUUGACAACUGUCACAUGUCUCAAGGUGAUUGACCUGCAGCAGCAGCAGCAGCAGGAGCAGCAGCAGCUGCAGCAGCAGGAGCAGCAGCAGCUGCUGCUGCUGACGGGAGACAGAGACGAAAAGGUGCGGCUCUGCUUUGCUGCUUCUCCGUGGCAGCUGGAGACAGCGCAUUUGGGGCAUUUGGAUUUCAUAACAGAUGCAGCACCCAUACUUUGCUGCAGCAGCAGCAGCAGCAGCAAGGAAAGCAGCAGCAGCAAGGACGGCAGCAGCAGAAGCGGCGACGGCGCCACCAACCACCGCGCCAGCAACGGCAGCUCCCGCAGCAGCAGUGACUGCAGCAGCAGCAACAGUGACAGCAGCAGCAGCAGCAAACCGCUGCUGCAGCAGAGGUGGGUCGUCAGCAGCAGCGGGGACUGCACUCUGCGUUUGUGGUGUAUGUACACCGGGCAGCUGCAUCCCCGUGGGGUUUUGUCUUUCUCUCCUCUUUCGCUUUUUAAAAAGCAAGACUUGCUGCUGCUGCAGCAGCAGCAGCUGCUGCAGCAGCAGCUGCUGCAGCAGCUUCAGCAGCAGCAGCAGCAGCUGCCCGCUGUGCUGCAGGGCCACCUGCUGCCGGUUAAGCUCUUCGCAGAUGAGCAGCAGCAGCUGCUGAUUGUGCAGACGCUGCAGCUCAAGGGGCUGCUGCUGAUCCCCUACAGCAAGCACGCCCUGCUGCAGCAGCAGCAGCAGCAGCAGCAGCAAGAGGUGUUUGGAGAGGCGCAGGUGCUGCCCUUGGGCUGCUUUGUGGGGUCGCUGCUGGUGGUUCGCCACCCAAAGUCCGAAAUAGAUUUGCUGCCGAUAUUCGAGCCCAUCAAGCAGCAGCAGCAGCAGCAGCAGCAGCAGCAGCAACAGCAGCAGCAGGACGACAGCAUUCUAAUUGGCUGGGUUAUCGACAGGGAGGGGCAGCUGCAGCCGCCCGUUUGCCUGGAGCUGGAAGUGCUCAGACGCAUGCAGCAGCUGCAGCAGCAGCAGCAGCAGCAAGAGCAGCAGCAGCAACAAGCGCAGCAGAGCACCUGCCUCCUCCCCCUGCUGCAAGGCACUCUGCCGCCUCCUGCCCCUUGGCAGCAACAGCAGCAGCAGCAGCAGCGAGAGUGCUACUGGUGGAAGGAAACGAGAAACCCAGCAGCAGCAACGCCUGAAGAGCGCCGGGCCAAACGGCUGAAGCACAAACACCUGCAGCAGCAGCAGCAGCAGCAGCUCAAGCAGCAGCAGCAGCAGCAGCGAUUGCAGUGA